GAUGUGGUAUGACCCGGUAAUUUAAGGUGCUGCCAGUUGCCCACAAAUCCAAGUACAGAACCAACGGGCUUUUUUUUUUAUUUUGCGCGUUGAGUAAAAUCGGUGAUACCCCCUAAACCAGCCUUUUCGUGCAAAUGGACACCGAAGGAGCGCAGCAGAGUUCUAAUCUGCCACAGAUGGAUUCUUCAUCUCCAUCACCAAACCCAGUUUCUCCAGUGCCGUUGAACAAUAGCAAUCCAACCAGUGCCCCAAGAUUUGGAACAGUCAUUCCCAAUCGGAUUUUUGUAGGAGGGAUCGAUUUUAAAACAAAUGAAAAUGACCUAAGAAAAUUUUUUGCUCAGUAUGGAACAGUUAAAGAAGUCAAAAUAGUAAAUGACAGAGCUGGCGUUUCUAAAGGGUAUGGGUUUAUUACCUUUGAAACCCAGGAAGAUGCUCAAAAGAUCUUACAGGAGGCAGAAAAGUUGAAUUACAAAGAUAAAAAACUGAAUAUUGGCCCAGCAAUAAGAAAGCAACAAGUGGGGAUUCCACGAACAAGUUUAAUGCCAGCAGCUGGGACAAUGUAUUUGACCACUUCAACUGGAUAUCCUUACACAUACCACAAUGGAGUGGCUUACUUCCAUAGUCCAGAAAUCACUUCUGUUCCACAACCUUGGCCUCCUCGUUCUAUUUCAAGCUCACCAGUAAUGGUAGCUCAUCAAGCUCAGCCAAUUUAUCAGCAGCCAGCAUACCAUUAUCAGGCACCAGCUCAUUGUCUCGCAGGUCAGUGGCAGUGGGGAUUGCCUCAGUCACCAGCAUCUACAGCUUCUGUGUUGUACCUCCAACCAUCUGAGAUAAUAUAUCAACCAGUGGAAAUGCCUCAAGACGGUGGGUGUGCACCUCCUCCACUUCCAAUGAUGGAAGCUUCUAUGCCAGAGGUGAGAGAACUCCUUAUUACAACAUUGAUUCACCUUCUCCAGAGGUGUGUGAGGAGCCUUUCUUGUGCUGAUCAAAUACACUGGCUUGGCAUCUGGCUGUGAAAUGAUGUGAUGAAUUGCUUUCAGCUUCCCAGGGUCUUUAAAUAAUUGUGGGGAUUCCACACUAAAGUUUUUUAUACUUGUUUGGCUUCCCAAUUCUUCCAUUUUUGGUAGGUGUGUAAGCUCUUGUAUUUAACAGUGAUCAAUCUGGGUUCUGGAUCAUGUACACGAUUUCUGUGAUUUUUCUUUUCUUUGUAUUGAUGUGUGUCCGCCAUCUGUGCCUUAACUUUAAAUUAAGCCUCCUGCUCCAUGGAAAUAGAUACUUAACGGCUGGAGUAAGUCUUUCUUUAACCACAGUUGUGUGUAAGGAAGAACUGAAACUCCAACCAAAGUAUUUAGUUUGAAGUUGCUUUGCCUAUUGGUCAGACUUUCUGCACUUUGACAGUUUCCAUUUGAUCUUAUCAUUUUUCCCCAGAAAUGGCAGUUCAUUUGUCUUUAAACUUCAAACUAGUAGUCUUAAUGAAUUUCUCUUUAUUUUCUGGCUGAGAUCUUUUUAUUGUGGCCUGCUGCUUUAAAUUCCUUUUACAGGAAUGACCCUCUGUAUUUUUAGAAGAGCAGUCUUUGUGCUGAUGCACUCUUUUUUUGCCAUAGUGACAAUACAAUGAUUUCAAC